AUGGUUUUUGCUUCUAAAAAAGUACUCCAACAAAUGAAAUUAUUGGAGAAACAAAAACAUACUAAUCAAAUUUAUAAAGUUGUUCUUACUGGUGGACCAUGUGGUGGUAAAACAACUGGACAAGAACGUCUUGAAUCAUUUUUUAAUUCUAUUGGUUGGACUGUAUUAAAGGUUCCUGAAGCUGCUACAACAUUAAUGAGUGGUGGUAUUAGAUUUGGAAAUUUAAGUGAUAGAGGAAAAGUUAUAUUUCAGGAGGAACUUGUACAAACAUUAUUACGUUUAGAAACUGUAUAUUUUAGAUUAGCAGAGGAGUAUGUUGAGAAGUCAAAUGUUUUAGUUAUAUGUGAUCGUGGAGCAAUGGAUCCAUCAGCUUACAUGUCAAGAGAGGAAUGGGAAGAGAUGUGUAAAAGAAUUAAUGUUGAUACAUUUCAUUUACGUGAAACACGUUAUAAUCAAAUUAUUCAUAUGGUAACAGCAGCUGAUGGAGCAGAAAAAUUUUAUACACAAUCAAAUAAUUCAACUAGAAGUGAAGGAAUUGAAGAAGCAUUAAGACAGGAACAAUUAACAAGAAAAGCAUGGAUAGGACAUCCAUAUCUUGAUGUAAUUAAUAAUAAUGAUUGUGAUACAUUUGAAGAUAAAAUUUUAACAAUGAUACAAGCUAUAUGUAAAAGAAUUGGUAUUAAAGCUGGUGAUAGAUUAGAUAAAAAUACUAAAAAACGAAAAUGGUUAAUAUCAUCAUUUGAUGAAAAAAAUUUUGUUGAUUAUAUUCCAUUUGCUGUAUCUCAUAAUUAUUUAAAAAUGGUUGGUGAAGAAGAAAAUGUACAAAUAAGAUUAAGAAAACGUGGUAAUGGUAAAAAAGUAACAUAUACAUUAACAAAAAGUGAAAAUAAAUCAGGAGAAAGAAUAGAAACAAUAUGGCAAUUAAAUCAUAGAGAAUAUGAUAAUUUUAUGAAGUUACGUGAUAUAGAACGAUGUACAUUAUAUAAACAAAGAAGAUGCUUUAAUUAUGGUAACCAAUAUUUUCAUUUAGAUAUUUAUGUACCACCAUUACCAGAGACAUGUUGUGGUAAAACAUUAAUGAUUCUUGAAACAUAUACAACAAAACCAUCAUUUAGUGAUGAACCAGAAUUACCAAAUUUUAUGAAUGUUGUUAAAGAAAUUACUGGAAAUAAAGAAUAUUCAAUGUAUAAUUUAUCUAAAAAAAAUGGUAAACCACUAGAUUUAUAG